GAGGCCAAGAUGGCGGCCCCCGUGUUGCGGUGCUUUUCCCGGGGCCGGUGGUUUGGGACCCCAGGCCCAUCAGGAGUCUUGCUCCUGGGACCGCGUGAGGCCCAUUCGGGCGCUCAGGGGUUGCUGGCGAUGCAGAAGGCUCGGGGUCUUUUCAAGGAGUUCUUCCCCGAGACGGGUACGAAGAUAGAGCUCCCAGAGCUCUUUGACCGUGGCACGGGCAACUUUCCCCAGACCAUCUACUGCGGUUUCGACCCCACGGCCGACUCGCUUCACGUGGGGCAUCUGCUAGCCCUGCUGGGCCUGUUUCACUUCCAGCGAGCGGGCCACAACGUGAUCGCACUGGUAGGAGGUGCCACCGCGCGCCUGGGAGACCCCAGCGGCCGAACCAAGGAGCGGGAAGCGCUGGAACCAGAGCGCGUGCGAAGCAACGCGCGCGCUCUACGCCAAGGGCUCGAGUCCAUGGUGGCUAAUCACCAGCAGCUCUUCGCGAAUGGGCGGACCUGGGGAAGCUUCACAGUACUGGACAAUGCGGCCUGGUACCAGAAGCAGCACCUGGUGGACUUCCUAACGGCUGUGGGUGGGCAUUUCCGCAUGGGCACGCUCCUGAGCCGUCAGAGCGUCCAAACCCGGCUCAAGAGUCCCGAGGGCAUGAGCUUGGCAGAGUUUUUAUACCAGGUGCUCCAGGCUUAUGACUUCUAUUAUUUGUUCAAGCAUUAUGGAUGCCGGGUCCAGCUGGGUGGAUCCGAUCAGCUGGGCAACAUCGUGUCCGGAUACGAGUUUAUCCACAAGUUGACGGGAGAAGAUGUAUUUGGAAUCACGGUUCCUCUAAUUACAAGUACAACUGGAGCAAAAUUGGGAAAGUCGGCUGGUAAUGCUGUUUGGCUAAACCGAGAGAAAACCUCCCCAUUUGAAUUGUAUCAGUUCUUUGUCAGGCAGCAGGAUGAUUUGGUAGAAAGGUACCUGAAGCUCUUCACUUUCCUGCCCCUUCCAGAGAUUGACCACAUCAUGCAGCUGCAUGUUAAAGAGCCAGAAAAGCGGGGCCCUCAGAAACGACUCGCUGCAGAAGUUACAAAGCUUGUUCAUGGACAAGAAGGGCUGGAUUCUGCUAAAAGGUGUACGCAAGCCCUUUAUCACAGCAGCAUCGAUGCCCUGGAGGUCAUGUCUGAUCAAGAGUUACGAGAGUUGUUUAAAGAAGCUUCAUUUUCUGAAUUAGUUCUUGACCCAGGAACAAGUGUCCUAGAUACAUGCCGCAAAGCAAAUGCCAUUCCAGAUGGUCCCCGAGGGCAUCGGAUGAUCACAGAAGGUGGAGUCAGUAUAAAUCACAGACAAGUAACGAAUCCUGAGUGUGUUUUGGUUGUUGGACAACAUAUUCUUAAGAAUGGGCUUUCAUUACUAAAAAUAGGAAAAAGGAAUUUCUACAUUAUAAAAUGGCUUCAGCUAUGAUGAAAAAUCCUUCAGGUGGUUCAAACUUACCCAUCUCCUAAGAUGUACCAAAGGCUGGCUCCAGAACUUACACUUUUCCUCAUGUAAGUCAAACUGUAGAGAAUGGAGUACUCUCUAGGUCUCAGAGUGUGAGUAAUUUUCUUAUUUCCACAGGGUGGUUAAGACAAGUGCUGGUGUAAUAAUGUGGUAUUUUAUCUGUUGAGCCGCAGGUGUUACAGACUACCAUAGAACUAUGAUUGCCAGGGAUAAUCUUUUAAAAAUUCUAUUUCAUGGAAGAACUAUCCUAUCCUUUUUGUUCCCUUUUUAGAGAUGAGGAGGAACAGUGAAAAAGAGGGUGGCGUAAGGACUCAUGGAUACUUUUAUAACGGGGGUUCAUCUCCCUGAUCUGACUCACAGACACCAGCAGGGCUUCUAGUGUUCACAUUAGAAAUGUGAAAAAUAGUAUUGGAAACUUGUAAAUUUCUGAAUUUUUUCUGAAUUUUCUGUAUUUUGUUGAUUAAAUCCAGUUCUCCUUAAGAAGACAAGUAUUAGAUACAUUAAGCCAUAGUUGGCAGUAGAAAUUCUAGUAGAAAGUUUGCUUUCAAAGAACAAAAAUCCGUACUUUUCAGAAGGUUUCUAAUUGAGUUUUUUAGUCCCUUGCCUGUGUUUCAGCACAAUUAAAUUUACUCACAGCCUUGUUUUGCCAAAUUACUGAGGCAGCAGUAUUUCAUAAAUUUGGAAACUUAGCUUUAAGUUUCAGCGUCUGUCUCCAAGCAGAUUGCAACUUGAGAUAAACUGAAAAGUAACUAGAGUGAAAACAGAGGCAAAUAUUUUACCAAUAUCCAAUCACAGGAGAAUAUCAUAAGGAAUUCAGGUAAGGGAAGUUUUCCAGACUUAGAGUCCAGACCUAAUUAAGCUCUCUAUACAUUAGGCAAAUCAAUUCUUAGAACUGUUUCCACAUCUCAAAAAUCAGGGUAAUAUCAGUGUAUUUCCCUGAGGACCAAGUGAAAUACACAAAUACAAAAUGGUUCACAAUCUGAUUCCUUCUAGAAAACCUUAUAGGCAGCAAAGUAUGUAAUGUUGAAAUUUUAGCCAUUUACUACCUGGAUUACAAGGAACAAAUCACUGUCUUUAUGUGUGAAACUGGAGAUGUAAUAAUCUCUGUGAAUUGUGAGAAUUUAAUAGGAAAUUUUUAAAACUUUUAUACAGUGUAAGCUGUAUUAUGUUCCAAUUAGAUUUAUGUUAUGUGUUAAACUAUAGUUUAUCUAAACCUUCUCUAGGAGCAGAGUUAAGAAGAAUUCAUUUAUUGACAAAACUUUAAUGUCAUUU